AUGGGCUCCACAGAAGACCUUGACUAUCCUCAAAUCAUCUUGCAAUACAACAACGGAUUUUUAGUCUCAAAGGUUAUGUUCACUGCCUGUGAGCUGGGAGUUUUUGAUCUUCUGCUGGAGUCAGGAGACCCUCUGUCUUUAGAUGUCAUUGCUGCUCGGUUGGGUACCAGCACCACAGGAAUGGAAAGACUUCUGGAUGCCUGCGUGGGAUUGAAGCUCUUAGCAGUAGAGCUGACACAAGAAGGAGCCCUCUACAGAAACACAGAAAUUUCCAACAUCUACCUUACAAAGUCAAGCCCCAAGUCUCAGUACCAUAUUAUGAUGUACUACUCCAAUACCGUCUACUUGUGCUGGCACUACCUGACCGAUGCUGUGAGAGAAGGAAGAAACCAAUAUGAAAGAGCUUUUGGUAUUUCAUCUAAAGACCCUUUUGGAGCAAUGUACAGAUCAGAAGAAGAAAUGCUGAAAUUCUUGGCUGGCCAGAACUCAGUCUGGGGUAUAUGUGGUAGAGAUGUUCUUGCUGCAUUUGACCUUUCCUCUUUCACACGGAUUUAUGACUUGGGAGGAGGUGGAGGAGCUUUGGCCCGGGAGUGUGUUUCUUUGUACCCAAACUGCACAGUCACAAUUUAUGACCUGCCAAAAGUCGUGCAAGUGGCCAAGGAGCGAUUCGUACCCCCCGAGGAGCACCGGAUUGCUUUCCAUGAGGGAGACUUCUUUAAAGAUUCAAUCCCAGAAGCUGAUCUCUAUAUUUUAUCCAAGAUACUGCAUGAUUGGGAUGAUGACAAAUGCGGGCAGCUGCUGGCAAAAGUCCACAAGGCUUGCAGGUCCGGUGGUGGGGUGCUGCUGGUUGAGUCCCUUCUGAAGGAAGAUAGAAGUGGACCUGUAGAAACCCAGCUGUAUUCACUGAAUAUGUUGGUACAGACAGAAGGAAAAGAGCGAAUACCUGCAGAGUACAGCAAGCUUCUUGCAGCAGCUGGCUUCAGAGAGGUUCAAGUGAAGAGAACUGGAAAACUCUAUGAUGCAGUUUUAGGAAGGAAAUAA